UUUGCUCGCGCUCCGCUCCAUUGUGUGAGCGAGAUAGUAAAUAUCUGACACUGCUACACAGCCACAGCACACGAGUUUCGCUUGGUGAAAAAGCCCCAAAUCACCCUCGUGACACUUUGUCAACAUGGCCCGUACCAAGCAGACGGCCCGUAAAUCCACCGGAGGAAAGGCUCCCCGUAAGCAGCUGGCCACAAAGGCUGCCAGGAAGAGUGCUCCCUCUACUGGUGGUGUGAAGAAGCCUCAUCGUUACAGGCCUGGUACUGUUGCUUUGAGAGAGAUCCGUCGGUACCAGAAGUCGACUGAGCUGCUGAUUCGUAAGCUGCCGUUCCAGCGCCUCGUCAGGGAGAUCGCUCAGGACUUCAAGACUGACCUGCGUUUCCAGAGCGCAGCCAUCGGUGCCCUCCAGGAGGCCAGUGAGGCGUACCUGGUGGGUCUGUUUGAGGACACUAACCUGUGUGCCAUCCAUGCCAAGCGUGUCACCAUCAUGCCCAAAGACAUCCAGCUGGCCCGCCGUAUCCGUGGAGAGCGUGCUUAGAUGCCUCUCCCGUUUUCUUUACCUCUCCCUGUCCCCUCUCGCGCCUGUGUUCUGCCCCUCCUUCACCCCCUCACCCCUCACCCCACAUCGCCCGGCUUCUCUGUAGACAUUAGAGUAAUCAUGUUGAAGAGAUAGAUAACUGUGAAAGUCUCUGCUAGUUUUGUUGUCUGCACCAAAUGUUUUAGGAUACCUUCUUUGUGCAUGUGAAGGGUUUUUCAGAUCAAACUCACUUGUGCACGUGAUUAAAUGUGAGUCAAAGGAGACUGACAGCCCAGACUGGAAACAGCCCAGACUGGGAUGUAGCUGAGGGACUAGUCUGCUUAAGCGGAGCUACAACUUCCACAGCAGGGUGCUAAUAAAACUAGUCCCAAGGCCCCAGACUGGCUGAAUCGUCCUCCUCUCUCCCCUCCUCACCACGACUCCUCCUGUGGCCUCUGACCUCUGGGGGAGAGGGAGGAGAUGGUUCGCUGUUUCCACUCGUGAGCAUGGGAGCUUUGAUUUGCCUAACGUCUUGUUCUCAACACACAUUAUUAUUGUGGGCAUUGUGUUUAUUUUAUAUAUUUUUUACAUUAUUUGGUUAAUGACAAACUUUUAUUUUCUUCUAAAACAGUACUGAAUAAGUGCAAAACCAUUGAAGACGUCAACAUUACUUUUAGAUAGAUUUCUUCUCUCAGAGCUUUCCUGUAAGAGGAAGCUUUGCAAAUUUCCAUUCUCAGCCACACAGGGGCGCUGUAUAACAUUUUUUUCAACAUAAAAUAAUACUUUUGCCUGCCUCCCACUGUUCACUUAGUUUUGGCGUUCAUAAUAACAGCACAUACUGCAUGUUGGUUUAUGUUUCUGUGACCUCUCUCUGUAUCUGAGGAUAAAUAAUGUCAAAUUUGUGAUACACAAAAAAAAACCUCAUUCAAUUUCUUCUAUAUUUUUACUUCCUCAGAAAUUUAAAGCUGAUCUUUGUAUUUUUCAAAUUUCUCAUAUGAUGGUGGUAAUAAACAAAUAGAUGUUAAAACAAA